ACGUGACUGCGUGGCCUCACGUGACUGCGUGGCUCUGAGCUCUGCCAGUUCACAUGACGGAGACGUUUGGUUUAUUCAGUCGCUUUUAGCUGUCACCGACAUCUAACCGCGUUUAUUGAUAGCGUCUGUUAGCAGGACGUGCUUUAGGAGUAUUCACAACUCUUGCCCGUGUACUCGCACAGCAGAGCGACGUAAAUCUCAACAGGAAGAAGAAGAACAGCAGCGACGCCACAGUUGUAGCUAACGCUCCGUGUAGUCAGGUGCAGUUCUCCGCGUAGACCCACCUGCGACAGCACCACCACCUCCUCCCCGGGCUUGUAUCUCUCAAAACAAAAGCAAGGAAAGGAAACCCGCGCUGGAAGGAUGAAGCUCUCUCACGCUUUGUCCGCGCUCAUCAUCGCCUGGUUUGCAGAUUUAGGCUGUAUUCAGGCGGUUACUCUGGAGGUGAAGGAGGGGAACUCCACCUGCAUUAAGGCCGAGCUCUCUGCAACGUUCUCCAUCACAUACAACACCUCCAGCAUCACGAGAACAGUGCAGGUCCCUCUGCCCGGCUCCACCACGGUCGACACAGUCAGCAGCUCAUGCGGCACAAACGACAGCUCACCGUGGUUGUUGGCGGUGUUCGGACCGGGCCACGCGCUGGGGCUGAGCUUUUCAACCAGUGGCAGCCUGUACAGCGUUGCUAACCUGUCGCUGAGGUACAACCUCAGCGACGCGUCCAUCUUCCCGGAGGCCAACAGCUCCGAUGUGGUCACUGUGGUGUCGCCUUCGGUCGGGAUCUCGGCGACGAUCAACACCACCUACCGCUGCGUGAGCGCCUCCACUUUUGGACUCGGUGAAGCAGCUGUGACUUUCUCCGACAUGAGGCUGGAGGCGUACAUGCCGGAAAAUGACCUGAGUCCAACAGAAAGCGUGUGUGCGGCAGAUCAGACCACCACUACAGCUCCACCUACCACUGCCGGUACGACGACAACCGCAGCUCCAGCACCGACCCCGCCGGGAACACCUGAGCGGGGCACCUACUCCGUGAACAACCGCAAGGGCAUCGUGUGUCUCCUGGCCCAAAUGGGACUGCAGCUCAACGUCUCCUAUUUCUCUCUCUCUCAGAAUAAGACUAUGCAAGACUUGGUCAACCUGACUCCCAAUCUGACGCGUUCAUCCGGAUCAUGUGAAGCCAGCAGUGCUUCCUUGGUUUUGACACAGGAGGGAAGCACCACGCUCAACUUCACCUUCACUCUGAACUCCACGAGCAACAAGUACCACCUGAGUGGGGUAACUCUCCUCGCUAAUUUGUCAGACGCGACUGCUCCCAUCUCAGCCAGCAACACUAGUCUGGACUACCUGCGGAGUACGCUGGGCCGCUCCUACAUGUGCAAUGCAGAGCAGACUCUGUUCGUCGUGCCAACCUUCUCUCUGAACACGUUCAGACUGCAGGUCCAACCCUUUGAAGUCACCACCGACCAGUUUGCCACAGCGGAGGAGUGUCAGAUGGACCAAGACCAGAUGCUCAUCCCCAUCAUUGUGGGAGCAGCUCUUGCCGGCCUGGUGCUGAUCGUCCUCGUCGCGUAUCUAAUAGGCAGGAAGAGGAGCCAUGCUGGGUACCAGACCAUCUGAACCGGGGAGAGACGAGCCAGAGUGUGGAGACGAGCAUGAGUGAAUGGAAGCAGUUGGUAAUGUGUGGCGAGUGCAUGUUUUUUUGCAUAUCCUAUGUGACCUCUGGAUAUUUUUUAUUUUCCUUUCUCUGUGAGAUGAUGAUGAUGAGAAGCCAAAGACCUGCUAGCUUAAGAUGGUUUGCAUCCCGAUGAAGCCCGAGAGGACAGAGUCUUUACACAAUCAACGAUGGAGGCAGUUGGAAUUUUCUGUAGCGAGUUCACCGCCAGCUGCUGACUCUUGUUCCAUUAAGUUCUCGGAGUUGGUUGAAUUUGCUUGAACUGCUGUUUUUAUCUGUCAUUAUUUAUUUUUGAAAAAAAAAUCUGUCAAUAUGCAAUUAAAGAGGCAGGAGGAGUCAAAUGAACUGUAGGACAAAGUUCCUAAACUGUAGUUCCUAUAGUUUGUGUGCGCAAGUAAAAAAAAAAUGUCAAGUUAGGUGGAGUUUUAUUCUUAUGACACAUGCUCACUAGCAUUUAUUUUUGAAACCAGCUAAAGAUAAUUGUUCUCUAAGAAAAGGGAAAGCGCUGAGUGUCUUUUCCUGUCCUCUUCCUCCGCAGUGGAGACAGUCCCAAGUCAGAUAAACAGUCUGGUAAUUGUGAUGAUGAAGGUGGCGAGCUGCUGUAACUGCAUGUAGUUGUCCAGCUGUACACGGAGUGCGACUGCAUUACUAAAAUGUAUUAAACAUUACAAGUGAACGGGUGCAUGGAUUAUUUUUUCCAUUCUUGCUUUUUUCCCCGACUUUCCCCUUAAAGAAAUGUUAAUAUUAAUUGUAGUGAUUUGAUCUUUUAUUUGUAUAGAAAAUGGUUUGAUCUCGUUUUCUAUUAUGCAUCUUACUGAAAGUUAAUAAAAAUCCUAAAACUG